AUGGAUGAGUAUUAUCAAGUUCAAUUAGCAACUGUGACAUUCGUUAUUCCUCGGCGUUAUGAAAACUUACGUUUUGUCGCUGCUGGUGGAUAUGGAGCUGUCGCUUGCGCUCUAGAUCGAGUGACGAAUCGUGAAGUGGCCAUUAAAAAAUUGUUAAAACCAUUUGAAACUGACAUACAUGCUAAACGUGCGUAUCGUGAAUUGAAAUUACUCAUGCAUUUAAACAAUAAGGAUGCAUCAGUUGUACAAAUAUUCAAUGUUUUUACACCUGAUCAAAGACGAGAAUUUAAUACACUUUAUUUUGUUUUAAAUUACGCCAGAGGUGAUCUUGCAAAAGUAUUACAUAAUUACCAGAAACAUAGACAACGCUUUCAGGAACGAGAUAUUCAAGUACUCAUUUAUUCAUUAUUAAGAGGUUUGAAGUAUAUUCAUUCUGCUGGUAUUAUUCAUCGUGAUUUAAAACCAUCCAACAUCGGUGUUGAUCGAGAUUUUAAUUUGUCUAUAUUAGAUUUUGGUUUAGCACGAGUUGUGAUGCCCGCUGAUCGUAUUCUUACUGGAUAUGUUCAAACAAGAUGGUGGCGUGCACCAGAGACUAUUUAUAAUUGGGAAAAUUAUUCAUCAAAAGCAGAUUUAUUCUCAGUGGGCUGUAUUAUGGCUGAAUUAGUGUUGUUACGUCCUCUAUUUACAGGAGGGAAUUUUAUUGAACAAUUGAGAAAAAUUUUGGAAGUACUUGGUACGCCCAGUAAUGAGGAAUUAGCUGAACUAUGUGAACCAUAUGCAUAUGCUUAUAUUCGAGAUCAAAUUGGUGAUUUACCGCGAUUAAAUUUUCAAAAUUUAUUUAGACCACUUGGUUUAUCUCAUGGUGGCAUCAAUCUUCUUGAAUUAUUACUUCAAUUGAAUCCAGCACGUCGACCAUCGGUUGAAGAAGCGCUAGCUCAUCCAUAUUUGGCAUCGAUGUACGAUCCAACUGAUGAGCCAACGGCACCUCAACUCAACGAUCCACAUCAAGAUGAAACACAUACUAUUAAUGAAUGGAAAGCGAUUAUCUGGGAUUUGAUAGGCACGUUUCAAGUACCCGAGUGGUUUACUCAGAAUACGACCAAUUCACUCAACUAG